AUGUCCCAACCAUCCGCAUCCCCAUUACUUAGUCUUCCAGAGGAACUGCAGCUUGGGAUCCUCGAACACAUCAUCACACGCACUGACCUCAAAGCACUAUGUCUGACCUCGAAAGCGCUACGCUUCCAUGCCAUUCCCCGUCUUUAUGAGCGCAUCGACAUCCGAUUGUGGAGCAGCCACGAUACGGACCGAUUCCUUCAAUGCGACGUAGCUUGGGCCGGAAACCAUCUUCGCCACACCAGAGAGCUCGUAGUGGAGGACGAGCGUAUCACUGAAGAGAUUGAGUCUGUCCAUACCGGUCCCAUCAAACUACCCCAGAGCUACCCCCACAGCGAGGAAAAACAAUAUCCGCCUGAAGAUCGAGACGAUUUUCUGUAUGAAAUCUUGCAGAUGUUUCCUGACCACGUUCUGCAUCGGUUCUGCUUCCUUUCACGGCGGCAUUUAAACCCCCUGUUGAACGGACAUCUUUGCAGCUAUCAAAACGCAAUCCAAGACCUUCAAAUGAGCUUGCAUGCCGAGCCCAGUCAACCUGAGCAUUUGCCGCAGUUGUUUUAUGGCUCAAAGUCCCUUGACCUCUAUAUCAUCGAACAUUGGAACAUAGACCUCUUGCUUCACAACAUCAUGUUCAUUGGCCAUAGUUUGCAGCAAUUAUCCUUAAGCACAGAGCGUAGCCAAGAUCUUCCUCGGCAAAUCACCGAGUCGGUGUUGAAAGGGAACGUCACUCAGCAUACACCCAAUCUAAAACAGCUCAAAUUGUCCGGAAUGGAGAUAGGAAACCUUUUUCAUCCACUUUCUCAAUUUGUAAACUUUCCUGCCCUGACUCAUAUCGAGCUUUCGGCAUGUCACAGAGUUGACCAGUUCCUCACGGACCUAGGCAACAGUGCUCAAGAAGAUGGACUCUGUCUCGAGAACAUAGCUGUUGAUGUAGUAAGCCCUCCGAGCGACGAACAACAAAGCUUGGACAGCUGUUUUAAGAAGAUCUUCAAAGCGUGUCGUUCUAUCCGGAGCUUGCACGUAGGUUUCGACGUUUGUCCUGAGCCGCCUCAAAUCAUCAUGGAUCAAAUACUUUCCAAGGGGCGAGACCUUCGGCUCUUAAGUUUGCAUUCUUCGAUGGGAGUUAAUGUGUUCGCAGAAGACGAUUUGGAUAAAAUUUGCAGUGUAUGCCCCAAUCUGCAACAAUUGGGAUAUGAAAUUGAGGAGGUAGCACUAAUAGUCCUUAAAUCAGAUAGUUCCUAUAAACAAUUCAUAGAGGCCGUUCGUCAUUUGAGAGAGCUCCGCUUGCUCCACGUCCGCAUACCUGAUAUAGGACAUUUGGGGCGACUUGGAACGAAUUCUGCCAAUAUGAGAGUCCUUGACAUGCAGAUGCAGAGAGCUGCCAACCAAAUUUUUGGAGAUCUACACCGAGGGCAAGAUUACAAAUUAGACGCUCUUGUCAUCGGGCAUCUGACAACUUUGGGGGAACCAGACGAAGAAAGGCUCCCACAAUACUGUUUCAUCAAGGGCCAACAAACCGACUCCCUCAAUCGUACCGUCGCUGUCGGCGUACCCGUCACAAGGGUCAUGCUGCGUCGGACGCAUCCCUACACGGAUAUUUUGGAUCUUGACCCUGGAGUUUCUGUAUGGGAACAUUGGGUAGGGCGAGCCAUGUAG